AUGAAGAAUUACAAAGGAUACGACAAAAAACCUUAUUGUGUUGCGCAUUACCCAACAACUAAGUUUACUGCAGUAGCUGACACCCCUGAAAACCGUAGGAUAGCUACGAACACAAAACUUCAAAGCAGCAUUAAAUACCAUGAAGCUUUUGAGAAGCAAAAAGGGAAACGAAUCACUGUGGCCGAUGACCCCGAGCUGCAGCGCAUCAAGCAAAACACCCAGAUUCAGAGUGAAAUCAAUUACAAGGGCAUCAAACAAACCCGUGAUAUUAUGGAACAGCGGCGACCAGAACAAGCUGCUCAGGAUGGCCACUCUCUUCCUCCUCCUCCUAUGUCCACUGCUGCAGUUGGCGGGUACCCUACAACUGGCUAUGGUCAGCCCGGUAAAAUCAGUGACUACGAUCCUUACCAAGAGAACUCAACUUUCAACUCCCCAUACUCUGCUAAGUCCCAGGCCACCACAAUCUAUGACUCUAGAAUUGGACAAGUUGAGAAUGGCUCUUCUCGUCGCAUCGGAUCAAUUGCUGAUUAUGACCCUCUGAAUAACCAGUAUGGCUCCAUUGUGACCGAACCGGAGCAGCAAGCUCCUGCAGGUGGCCACAAUCCAUAUGCUGGAAAAGGGAUGGUUUCCAAGGCCAUCUAUGACUAUACGGCUGCUGACACGGAUGAAGUUUCCUUUGUGGAAGGCGAUAUCAUAAUUCACUGCCAGCCUAUUGAUCAGGGCUGGAUGGAAGGUACUGUGGAGCGAACAGCUCAACGUGGAAUGCUGCCUUCCAACUAUGUACAGCCUGUGUAA